CAAAUAUUGUUAUUAAACGCUUUAACCAACCGGAUUACAGAUAUGAAGCAAUAAACAGGUGAGAAUGUGCCUCAAUGUUGGUAUAUAUAUGGUAGGAAAUGUUCAGUGAAAAAAAUUCAAAGCUUAUAUUAUCAUCUCAAAAUCAAGAACUGUGAAGGCAAAUGGAAAAUAUACCUAAAAAUUCAAAAACCACCUUUUUCUUAUUCGAACUGCUGUCAACAAUUUGCUCAGUGUUAAUAAUAAUUGCCAUUGUGACCUGCGAAUUAUACACAUAUAAUAUAAGAAUUGUCCCACUGACAUUUUAUGCAGGUUACUGGACAAGUCCAUUUAUCCUAUUUACUGCCGUAAUUUAUUCGAUUGAAAAAAGCAGACAUGAUGGGAAAUUUUACAAACUAGCCAUAUCACUCGCUUUAUUUAGCUUGCUUGUUUGCUUGAUUGGUAUUAUGCUUUCGUUAUUUGCAAUAUAUUGGAUUAUUGACAUUAUAGAUGCACAAGUUUAUUAUGAAUAUCGGGUAGAAAUCAUUGUUCAAACUGCAUUGCUUAUUUUAGCUAGUGGAAUAUGUUUAAUGGACGUUUUCUCAUUGACAUGUUGUUGCUGUUUAAAUAUUUCAACUGUACCAAAAGACAUAAUUAUUGACCAAAAUAAUUUGGGAAUUCAUUCGAAAAAUGAACAACAAUUACCAGCCCAAGUUACUAAUAUCACGGGUCCUUCACAGUUACCUUCUUACCCUCAAGGAUACCAAGUAAAUCAAGGUUAUGAUCAGAAUUACAGUCAACUUAACUUCCCACCACCUUAUAGUUAAUUGCAGGAACCUUAAAAUGGAUAUACUCAGUAAUAAAUAUGUUUGCUGUAAAAUACAGAUUUCACGUGAAAUCGUUUUGAAAAUUAAUACAUCUAUCGUCAAUACUGACUACAAACUUGCACCUUAACACUUAGUACAAAAGAAAUCCUCACUCAUUUUAAUAGCUUGUUAAGCCAAACACUUAUUUCCUUUCAGAUUCUGGUUUUAUUUACAUAAAAAUAUCUAGUUCCGAC